UGACAGACACGCACUGGCAAUACAGUUGCGUAGAGUUGUGCAGUGAUAGCUCUAUCUACAUGUUACAAGAUAUCCACAAAACGAUGAUUUGAUUGUUAAUAUCAAAGAUAAAAGUGGAAUUAUUGUACAUUGUGAACGUUAUAUGUAAUCGAUUUUAUCGUUUCAUUUGUGAAGCAGACUUUUGUAGUAAUUGCGACGACAUGUCUGAUUAUUUCGCGGAGAUGGGCUGGACGCCUCUGAAUGACGGAGAAGCGCCGAAUCAUUUAAUUCAAAUGGCACGAUUCCUGCGGGAUUUUGGCAUGUGGGACUUGGUCGGGCAAGAUACAGAACUUCCACCGCCAGCGUCGAAGGACGCUCUGGCUAAUUUGCCUGAAAUUAAAAUUGAAUCCAGUGAAAAUAAACAGUGCCCCGUUUGCCUGAAAGAAUUCGAGACAGGCAGUAAAGCAAAAUCGAUGCCUUGUCAGCAUGUAUUUCACCAAGAAUGUAUAAUACCAUGGUUAGAAAAGACUAACUCGUGUCCACUCUGUCGAUACGAAUUGCCAACAGAUGAUGAAGACUACGAAAUGUACAGGAAAGAAAAGAAACGAGCGGUAGAAAGAGAGAAGGACUUGGAAUCAUUGCAUAAUUCUAUGUUUACGUAA